AUGGUAGAAACCCGACAGACUUCUCGCCGUUUCAACCAAACUCUCGAGGGCCAUGUGGAAACUCUUGACGAGUCCGCGAACCGUCAACCCUCCCCCCGACCCCAGAGGACUACCCCUCCAACUCCGCCUCGGAGACGAUCCCCGGAACCAGGGAUCCUCACCCCCCACGCUGCGCACGAAGCCCUGUGCAGGCUUGAGGCCCGGGUUAAGGCGAUGGAGGAGGAGCUCCCUCCGGAGGUAGGGCAGGACCGCAAUGUCCAGGCCCGCAACACUCGGGACGAAAUCCGCAUCCUCCGAGCGCGCCUCCGCCAACUGGAGGAACUAGAAGAACGAUCCAGACAAGAUCCGACGUUCUCUCAAGAGGGGGAGACGGGAAGGAGACCCCUCCCACCUUCAAACUACCAAGACGACCAUGUCAGAGAACAGACUACGGAAAGAGCCGUAAACCAACCCUCCCAUCACCGCAGGCACCACUCCCCUCGCAGGAGUUACUCCGGACGAAGGAGCCCCAGUUCCACCAGGGAACCGCUCAGGGACCCGGCCCGCCCGCACAACGCCCUGGUUACCCUACCGCAAACGAUCAACAGCCCUCUCUCUCCAGACAUCAUGGCAACCCCUUUCCCCCCAGGGUGGUCAAGACCUAAAAUGAAACUCUAUGAGGGUGACUCCGACCCGACUGAGCACAUCAACUUCUUCGUGGGAGCCAUGCAGUAUGCUGGAGCUAGUGACCCGAUCUACUACCGCUGCUUUCCGAUGAGCUUGGGGAAGGGCCCAAUGAACUGGUUCCAGAACCUCCCCAACAACUCUAUUCACAACUGGGAAGGGGUCAUGUCAAUUUUUUUGGCCCAGUACUCCUCAGUGAGGAACAUUCCGAAGUCAGAAGAGACCCUGGCCCUGAUCAAGCAGGGCGAGAAGGAAUCCCUGAAGGCUUUCCUUAACCGCUUCAACAAAGAAGCCGGAGACAUUCCGGACCUCCUUCCCCAGGUCCGCCUAAUCUUGGUACGACAAGCGCUCAGACCAGGUCCUUUCUUGACUUCCCUGGAUGGGAAGAAAGCCAGGACACUGGAGGAAUUUCAAAACCGAUCAGAGAAAUACAUUAACAUGGAGGAAGCGGCGACACUAAGGUCAACCAAUCAGAACCCGACCCAUAGGCCCACUGAGAAAACCCGGGACCCCCGCGAGACUAAGCGCGAUCGCGAACCCCGACGGAAGAGCCAGGAUGACAAAAAGCAAAAACGGAAGAAGUUCGAUAGCUACACCCCCCUGAACUCUUCCCUCUCCCGCAUUUUGCGGGAGAGAGCCUCAACCGACCUCAGGGACAAACCCUCGCCGCUACUCACGCGGGGGGAUAUGCUGGAUUCAAAAAGGUUCUGCGAUUUUCAUGACAGCCCCAGCCAUAACACGGACGAAUGCCUGAACCUGAAGGACAAGGUAGAAGAACUAGUCAGAAUCGGAAGAUUGUCAAAAUAUGUUGCUCUCUCUUCAGGCAACUUACCUCGCCCGCGCUCACCACCUCCGAGAAGGUCACCCACCCCGCCCAGGACCCAGGCCCGGACUCCGCCCAGGAACCGGGCCCGGACACCCCUUCGAGCGAGGAGCCCUCAUCGUCGCGGAAGUCCCGAUCGACGCAGGAGCCCUGAUCGUCGUAGAAGUCCAGAUCGACGUCGAUCUCCGGAUCGGCGGGACCAAGAUGAAGUACGGAGGCGCCACGGAACUAACCUAGUCAGUGUCGGCUCAAUUGCAGGAGGAUGGGCCGCCGGCGGACCUUCAAACAACAGUCGGAAGAGGAGCACUCGAGUCAUCAUGUCAGCCGCUGGACGACCUCGCCCUAGCUCCCUCCACCCUCCGCGACAGAAGGUUCCCAUCACCUUCACGGAGGACGACUACGGCACGGACGCCGGCGAAGAGGACGACCCGAUUGUAGUGGAAGCCCUAAUCGCAAAUGGUAAGGUACGACGGGUUCUCGUCGACACAGGUAGUUCCGCUGACAUAAUGUUUUAUGAUGCUUAUAAAACCCUGGGGUUAUCUGUGCAAGACCUGAUCCCCUAUGACCACGACUUGAUCGGGUUCAUUGGGGACAGGGUUCUGCCCUUAGGAUAUUUUGAUACAUACCUCUCCCUAGGAGACCAUGAUGUUUGCAGGACUGUAAAGGCCCGAUUCUUGGUGGUGAAAUGCCCAACAGCGUACAACGCCAUCAUCGGUGGACCGAGCCUCAAUGUUUACCGGGCCAUCGUCUCCACCCACCACCUAAUGUUGAAGUACCCAUGGGCCGGGAGGGUAGUUUCCGUACGCGGAAACCUAACCAUGGCCAGGGGAUGUUAUAACUCCAGUUGCAGGGUGGCACGAGAGGACCGCAAAAGGAAGGAGCGCGACCAAGGGAAAAGAGUCGAAAGCUUCCACCUCCGAGCAGGAGCAUGCUUGACUGACAUCGACCCGAGAGUGGACCAGUCCAGAGAAGACCAGCGCCUUAAGCCUGAUGGAGAGACCCGCUCAGUCCAGAUUGGCCGAUACCCCGAGCAAAUCACGAAGCUGGCACGGGACCUCCCGCAGGACCUGUCGAACCGACUGGAAGGCCUUUUGAAGAGCAACGGGCACUUAUUUGCCUGGUCAUCCGCGGAUAUGCCGAGCAUCGACCCAGCGUUCUGCAACCACAAGCUAUCAGGGGACCGGAAAUUCAAGCCAGUGUCCCAAAAGAAGAGGCAGAUGAGUGCAGAGAAGCAAGAAGCGAUCAAGGAACAGACAACCGAGCUCCUACGAGCCGGGAUCAUUCGCGAAGUCAAGUACACCACUUGGCUGUCGAAUGUGGUCCUGGUCAAGAAAUCUAAUGGGAAGUGGAGAAUGUGCGUUGACUACACAGAUCUGAACAAGGCUUGCCCGAAGGACCCUUUCCCCCUCCCCAGCAUCGAUGCCCUGGUGGACAACUCCUCGGGGUACGAGUAUUUGUCCUUCAUGGACGCGUACUCCGGGUACAACCAAAUUCCAAUGUACAGAGAAGACGAAGAAAAGACCGCUUUCAUAACCGAUCGUGGGACAUUUUGCUACACUAUGCUCCCGUUCGGCUUGAAAAAUGCAGUGGCCACCUAUCAGCGGAUGAUGACCAAGAUUUUCGGGGCACUUAUAGGGAAGUCAGUCGAAGUCUACAUCGAUGACAUCAUCGUAAAGACACCAAGGGGAGGCGACCACGCGGCCGAUCUCGCCGAGGUCUUUAAACAACUGGAGAAGCACAAUAUGCGCCUCAACCCCGAAAAAUGUACCUUCGGGGUCAAAAGCGAGAAGUUCCUAGGAUAUAUGCUUACAAGUCGCGGGAUUGAACUAAACCCCGAGAAGUGCCAAGCCAUCGUAGACAUGAAGAGCCCCAGGACGGUCAAGGAAGUCCAGCAGCUGGCAGGCCGGAUGGCUGCAAUCGGAAGAUUUCUCCCUAAGGCCGCCCUGCGAGCCCUACCUCUUUAUGCCCUACUAAAGAAGGGAGCGAACUUUACUUGGUCGGAAGAGGCCGAGCAAGCCUUCUCUCGGCUGAAAGAGAAUCUCACCUCCCCACCAAUCCUGUCAAGUCCAAAACCGGGGGAGCUCUUGUAUUUGUACUUAGCCGUUCGAGACAAGGCUGUGAGCUCCGUGCUGGUGAGAGAGGAGGCGGGAAUCCAGCUUCCCGUGUACUUCGUCAGUCGUUCGCUCAAGGGAGCAGAACUCCGAUAUCAGAUGCUCGAGAAGGUGGCGCUCGCCCUCCUAACCACUGCCAGACGACUCAAAAGAUACUUUCAAUCCCAUAGCAUCAUAGUUCGAACAGACCAACCGGUCAAGCAGGUCCUACAUAAACCAGAUCUAGCCGGACGAAUGGUGGGUUGGUCGAUCGAGUUAUCCGAGCUUGACAUCCGGUACGAGCCCAGACGUGCGAUCAGGGCGCAGGUCCUAGCAGACUUCCUGGUGGAACUCACGGGCGAUGAAGACCUCCCGGCGGAAAUCUCCUUGGUCAUCCAUGUUGACGGCUCGAGCAAGAAAGAAGGGGGGGCGCUGGGAUCGUCCUCCAAAGUAAUACAGGGAUGA